AUGCUGCUGAGUGCCUUGCGACAAAGUGUGCGCCUCGCGGCACCGCCCAUGUCGCGUGUCCUGUCCACCACAUCCAUGUCACUCGCGGCACCGCGGCCAAAGGCCCACUUGUACAAACUCAAGACGCACUCAGCCACAAAAAAGCGCUUUUUCCCCAUCCAAGGCUCGUCACGCGGCACGCCGAAAAUUAAGCGCGCCCAUUCGAACAAGCAGCAUCUCAAUUCAGGCAUGUCGCGCACGCACCUAAGCCGCCUGCGCCGUCCGCAGAUCGUCGCAACAGGCGCCGUCUCGCGCAUGCUCCGCCGACUCUUGGCCCCGAUCGUGUGA